GAUUAACACAGUAAUGGAGGCAAGAAAAAAGGUGACACCAUCCCCAGCACCAAAGAUACAAAAGGUUAUAUUCGUGCUGCGAGAUCACAAGGAUUUCAAGACGCACUAUGAGCCAAAAGCAGUAUCACUUGGUCCUAUCCAUCAUGGUAUUGACAAGUACCAGCUAGGAGAGCAGUACAAGCUUGUGUUGACAUAUGAGUUCGUCAAAGGUAGCAAAGAGAAGAUAAACUACUUGUAUAAGAAGAUUGGGAAGAAAAUCAAUGAACUGAGGGACUGCUUCAAGAAGGAAGUGACAAAGAGUUUUGAUGAUGAGGACCUCAUUUGGCUGUUGUUGGUGGACGGCUGCGCAAUACUACAAUACAUAUACUGCGCAGCUAAGAAUAAGUUCACAGAGUUGAAUAUAAAACCAGACAGCAUAGCCUUUACACGACAGGAUUUGUUUUUGCUUGAGAACCAGCUUCCUUAUCGUCUGCUCAAAUGGUUGAUGAGCUGGAGUGAGAAUGAAGCUGACUUGAAGGAAUCGAUUGACAGUUACAUUGAUAGUCACGUUACGGUACCACUACCGGAGGAUCACUCAUCAAUUCUCCGUUGCGCCUGCCUGAGUUCGUUAUCGUGGUAUCUCUCGCGAAAAUCUAAGCAACACUCAAAGAAAAAGAAGGAUGAUGGAGAUCAUGUACAUGCCAUCCAUCUUCUUGAUCUUCUAAGGAGACGUCUCCUGCAUAAGCAUCAACAAAACAAGCCAGGGAAGUCAACAAAACACGUCUCUAAGGACAUGUCUUUGCAAUCCUAUCGCAAUUUUCAAGAGCUUCGAGCAGUAGUUAUUCAUGUGGAACGUAGUAAAAAGGAAAAUAGUUGCUUGAGGGACAUUUCUUUUACUGCACUCGGUUGUUUGGGAUUCCUUUGGCUUCCUCCAAUAACUGUGGAUGACUCAACAAGGCCAAAGUUUUUGAACUUGAUAGCCUACGAGAUGUGUCUAGAUUUCCAAAAUGACUUUGAGAUCACCUCUUACAUAUCCUUCCUCGAUUCACUAAUCGACGAAGCCAAUGAUGUUAAGAUGUUAAGGAAAGCAGGAAUACUCUAUAAUUGCCUUGGUAGUGAUGAACACGUGGCUAAACUCUUCAAUGAGAUAGGUACUGGCUUGGUUCCUAACAGCGAAAUAUAUAGCAAUGUCAGAGUGCAAAUUCAGAAGCACUACAAGAACCAGUUGAUGACCUGGUUGGCUCAAGUCUGUCACGACCAUUUCAGCAGCCCCUGGGCGUUCUUGGCUUUCUUUGGCGCAUUGUUAGCACUUGCUCUGACUGUCAUUCAGACCUGGUAUGCUGUCAAAUCUACUCCAGGACCAUGCUAUAACUUCUGCAAGAAUUUUACUCGAAACUAA